AUGGAGAAUACAGACAUCAAUUCAGCCUUAUCGCAAGAUCGGCCUUUCUAUCUCACGAUCCUUUUUUUGGUUAUGAAGGUGAGAAAAAAUAGCAAAGAUGACGAAAAUUUUCCUUUUUUUUCAGUUAGGUUUCUUCUUGUAUGAUAUUGUGACAUACAUUCCGUUCAAAAUCUUCGCCAAUCCUGCCGAAAAACUCGAAAAAUCACAAAGAGUCAAGGUCAGUGUUGAUUCGGAAAGCUGGUCUCGAAAAGUACUGUUUGAGGCGGAGCCUGUUAAAAAAGGAGAUUGUACAUCCCCUUGGAAGAACGUCAAGAGCAAGGAAGGUCUUGCAAAGAGUCCCUUCGACGGAAUCGAAGACCUCGGUUCAAAUUGGGACGAAUGCGUUAGGUUGGCUGUUUUUUACAGGAAAUGUACAUAAUAUCUGAUUGCAGACGAUAUUCAGACCAUGCUUGCAUGGGAACAAGAGAGGUUCUCAAAGUCCACAAGGAGAAGCAAAAGAAUGGAAAAGUCUUUGAAAAGGUCCCAUUUGUAUGAAUUUUCUUGAACCUGCUUUUUUUUUAGUGGGAAAUGGGAAACUAUCACUGGCGCAGCUUCCAAGCUGUCGACAAACGCGUGAACCUCCUGGCCAGCGGGUUGGAAGAGCUUGGACAGAAGGAGAAAUCGCCAGUCGUCAUUUUUGCCGACACCCGUGAAGAAUGGAUGACCACCGCCCUUGCUUGCUUCAAAAUGAACUACCCAGGUUUUAAAGUUUUUCCAGAAGCCUUACUUCACUGAUUUUCGAGAAAACGAAUUCGAUAGUUUUCCUUCCAAUUUUUACAGGCAAAUUUAAAGCAAAUUUUUUUUAACCUUGAGACAUUUGGAAAUAGUUGAGUGUAUGGUAUCUGAAAAUAAAUAAAAAUCAAAGUAUAUCAGUCAUUUAUUAAAAUUAUUUUCACAAACUUUGUGAAUCAUGAAAUUUUGUAUUUAGCCUUCUCUCCGGUCAUAAAAAUUUGAACUUUCAGUCGCUACCGUAUACGCAACUCUGGGAGAAGAGGCAGUGUGCUACGCUAUCAAUCAAGUCGAGGCUGAAACCAUCUUCACAUCAGAAUCUCUUAUGUCAAAAGUUGAAACGCCCCAGAAAAAUCGAAAUAAAAUUUGAAUAACCAGGUGAAAAAAGCGAUUAGCAAUGGAGCUAAGGUCAAGAACGUCAUCUACUUUGACAGCGUCGACCCUGAGUCCAAAGGCGAAUCUGUAGAGUGCGACGAACCUUUCACUUUGCUCUCAUUUGAGCAACUGCUUUCCAAAGGAUCAAGUGAGACAAACUCUUGAAGUUUCUUACAAAUGUAUGUUUCGUCUUACAGCGAAGUCAAUCAAGCCAAAAGCCAAAAAAGACGAUAUUGCAAUGAUCAUGUACACUUCUGGAACCACUGGCAACCCUAAAGGCGUCCUUCUUUCUCACCAAAACAUCGUCGCUGCUACGGCCGGUCAAGGCGCUUGUAUCACAUUGACGUAAGUUGAGAAAUUUACGAGCAUUCAAAACCUGUUAAGACCAAGAAAAUCAAUGUUUUGAAUGAGAAAAUCAUCAUUUUUAGAACUGAAGACAGAUAUAUUGGAUAUCUGCCACUUGCCCACAUUUUGGAGGUCUGCGCAGAAAUGGUCGUUUUCAGCAAGGUUUUUUGUUUCUCUGGAAGUAUUUCAAAAUUAUUGACUUCCGCAGGGAGUCCGUAUUGGUUACUCUUCAGCUCAAACUCUUUUUGAUCGAGCCCCAAAAAUCAAGAAAGGAGAGCAUGGUGACUGUUUCGCGCUGAAGCCAACCUUGAUGGCUUGCGUUCCUGUUAGUUUUAAUUUUUUUUGUAUUUUUCCUCACGAGAAAAAUUUCUUCAGGCUGUCAUGGACCGCAUAUUUAAAGCCGUUGUUGAUGAAGUCAACGCCAACAACAAAUUUUUCCGUGAGCUGUUCAAAGUCUGUUACGAGCGUAAAAGGUCGCGCUACGAGGAUGGCUAUAGCAGCAUUAUUUUGAAUAAGUUUUGAAAGUUUGGCGAACUUGUCUAAAUUAAAUUUUAAGAUUGAUCUUCCAACGAAUCGGAAAACUUCUCGGUGGCAACAUCCGUCAAAUUCUUUCUGGUGGUGCUCCUUUGAGUCCAGAAACUCAGCGGUAACUUUUGAAACGAACUCAAAUUAAAUAAAAAAGCUCGGAAAACUUCUUUUUCUCUGAACAGAGAAACUUUGAGCGUCUCUUUUUUAUGAUAAGCUUGAGUUAAAAUGUUUACGCGCUGAAUAAGUGCUGCAAGGCAAGAGGGAAUGUAGUUUGCGUACAAGCCUUCUACUGAAGUUGGCUGCAGAGUUUCAUCAAAAAACAAUUGCCUUGUAAAAGCUUUAUAUCCAAAAUUUUUUUAAAUUCCAGUUUCAUGAACAUUUGCUUCUGCUGCCCUGUUGUGCAAGGCUACGGACUGACAGAAACUUGCGGCGGAGGAACUUUGGCCGACUGUCAGUUUUUUUUUUCAUUUGAAUAAUAUUUCUCUUCUUUAUAGUUAACGACUUGUCUACGGGAACUGUCGGCCCGCCUUUGACUUGUUGCGAAAUCUUGUUGGAAGAGUGGAAAGAAGGUUCGGAAAUAGCCGUUUCAAAGAAAACAAAAGAAUACUUCUGAAUUUUAGCCGGUUACUCACCAAAGAACGACCCACCUCAAGGGGAAAUUUUGAUUGGAGGACCAAACGUCGCCAUAGGUUACUACAAGAACGAUGAAAAGACCAAGGUUAGACUGAAAGCUUUGUUUCGGGAAAAAAAAAAUAGAACCAUAUUAACAGAGAAUAUGGGACCUGAGCAUCCGAACUGGUUUAGGAAACUUUUUUUUUGAAUAUGAGAACGAAAAAAACCAAGAAAAAAAUAAUAAGAUAAAAAACCGACUAUUUCGUUGUAUUUGCCACGAUAUAUUCGAAUUUUGACAAAAAAAGUGAAUCAUUUUUCAUUUGUGUUCAUAAGAAACAAAAAUGAAAAAGAUUUUAUCAGGUCCUGCGGUUUGUUUUAAUCAUGAAAAUAUUCCCGAUCAUUUCGGAUCAUCGAAAUUUCCCUGUUUUAGGAAGAUUUCGUAAUGCGCAAUGGCAAACGGUACUUCGCCACUGGAGACGUCGGUGAAUUUAGAGCAGACGGUUCUCUGAAAAUCAUUGGUGAGAGAAAAUAAUGAUAAAAAUAUGCCUCAUUCCUGCUAACUUUUUCAGACCGCAAAAAGGAUUUGUUGAAACUCUCACAUGGAGAAUACAUAUCUUUGGGCAAGGUUGAAACCAACCUGUUGACAAAUCCCUUGGUCGAUAACGUUUGCGUCUAUGGCGAUUCCGACAAGAGCUACCUUGUCGCUUUGGUUGUGGCCAAUCAAAAAAAUGUCUCUUCAUUAGCUGAAUCGGUAAAAUCAAUCUCUCUCAAGAAGAAGAAAAAAGAACGUUUCGCAGAACGGAGCUGGGGACAAGGACUUUGAAGAGAUGUGCAAAGAUGAGAAGGUUGUGGAAGCUGUGCAGAAAGAAUUGGCCUCUUACGCGUCUUGUAAGUCAAUUUGUUUAAUAUUUUUUUCCAAAAACAUGACUUUGCAGCCAAACUCGAAAAAGCGGAAAUUCCAAAGAAAAUCUUUUUGUGCGCCGAACCAUGGACCCCCGCUUCUGGACUCCUCACCGAAGCCCUCAAGCUCAAACGCAAAAAUAUCGAGAAAGCUUUCCGCAAAGAGCUUGAUGAACUCUACAAAUGA